ACUCGCUCCCUGCAACGCAAUUCCCCCCAGUGCGCGCCGUGAAAAUGGAUGCUCUGCUCCCUCUCGCAGAGCUGCUGCGGGGCCAUGCUUCCACGCUCGGGGUCAGCCUCCUUUCCUUCAGCGCCGUGUUCCUGGGCUACCUCUUCGUUGUGAGUGGCAGAGAAGCUGCAGUGCCGUUCACGGUGCCUUAUCCGCCGGAAAUCGGAGCCAAUUGGGUCGGCAAGAAAUGGGAGGAGCUCCAGGGAGAAGAAAGAAAGAUUAUUGAGGGACAAAUCGGAGGGAAAUGGAACGAAGAGCUAAUUAUGAGCUAUUGCCCUGCGGACGGACGAGUACUCGGGACAGGAAUCAAAGCUACGACCGCCGCGGGAAUCAACCAAGCUAUCCAGGCAGCGAAGACCGCGCAGGUUCAAUGGGCCAAUACAAGUUUUGCUGAGAGGAGGAAGGUCCUCAGAACGCUGUUGAAAUACGUACUCGAUCACCAAGAUGAAAUCGUUACCGCAUGCUGCCUCGAUUCCGGAAAGACCAAAGUCGACGCAUCGUUCGGAGAAAUCCUCGUCACUGCAGAGAAGCUGAAGUGGACUAUCGAUCACGGCGAAAAGGCCCUGGCUGCAGAGUCGCGGCCCACGAAUUUCCUCAUGAUGUACAAGAAGAACAAGGUCACGUAUGAGCCUCUGGGUGUGGUGUCUGCGUGUGUCUCCUGGAACUACCCAUUCCACAAUUUUAUUUCCCCGGUUAUCAGUGCGAUCUUUGCCGGAAAUGGGAUUGUAGUCAAACCGUCAGAGCAGACUGCAUGGUGCACAAUGUUCUUCCUAGAUAUUAUCAGAGGUGCUUUGGAGAGCUGCGGCCAUUCUGGGGAUCUUGUGCACAGCGUCGUGUGCCUACCUCAGGUUGCGGAUGUCCUGACCUCUCACCCGGAGAUCUCACAGAUGACUUUCAUCGGCUCAAGGCCAGUUGCACACAAAGUUUGUGAAUCGGCUGCAAGGGCUCUCACUCCAGUUACCGUGGAAUUAGGUGGAAAGGACCCAGCGGUCAUCCUGGACGACAGCAGGACAGUCGCCCAAAUAUCGUCAAUCGCUUCAAUCCUGAUGCGCGGCGUAUUCCAGUCUGCAGGACAGAAUUGCAUUGGUGUAGAGCGCGUCAUUGCCGUUUCAGGUGCAUACAAUAUACUCCUCGACGCCGUUUCCUCUCGUAUCAAAACCCUCCGCCUCGGCUCGAUUCUUCUAGACGCCAAACCGGGCAAGGCAGGGACUCCAGAUGUCGGCGCCAUGAUCUCACCCGCUUCAUUCGACCGCCUGGAGCACCUCAUCAUCGAGGCCGUCAAGCAAGGCGCUCGUCUCAUCUGCGGCGGGCAACGCUUCAACCACCCAGACCACCCUCUCGGCCACUACUUUACCCCCACCCUGCUCGCAGACGUUACACCGUCGAUGCAAAUCGCGCAGACCGAGCUCUUCGCCCCCGUCUUCCUGAUGAUGCGCGCCGAGUCCGUGUCGCACGCCAUUGAAAUCGCAAACUCCACGCAGUAUGCCUUGGGCGCCAGCGUCUUCGGAUUCAACGACCGAGAUGUGACUGCCUGUGUGAAGAGUAUCAAGGCCGGGAUGGUGGCUGUCAACGACUUCGGCAGCUACUACGCUGUCCAGCUGCCCUUUGGCGGAGUCAAGGGAUCAGGAUACGGACGGUUUGCUGGCGAGGAGGGGUUGCGCGCUGUGAGCAAUAUCAAGGCGAUCUGUGUAGAUCGAUUCCCGAAAUUAGUGGGCACAGCGAUCCCACCGCGUGUGGACUAUCCGAUCCAGAAGGGAGAAACCACGAAACUGGACGGGACAGGCGCGUGGGAGAUGUGCAAGGGCGUCGUUGAGACGGGGUACCAGCUUACGCUUGCUGGGAGGGUGAAUGGUAUUCUUCGAUUAUUGAAAAAUAUGUAGCCCUUAAUAUGUAUAUGUAUAUGUAUAUGUAUAAUAGGUCAUAAUGAUAGUUAAUACGAUACACCCACACUAACAUU